UCGCGACGAGUCCUCCUCGCCGGCUCAGUAGCGCGAAAAGCGUCCAGUUGUGAGGUUCGGGAUUGUUUUUCUCUUCGCCGAGAAUAAACUCUACUCUUUGUGUGUUCCUCACUGGCAAACGUGAAUCGAUCAUCGUUCGCAUAAGAUCCGAGAAAUUCAUUCGCAGUGGAGGAAUAAGUGGGAGGAUAAAACGAGCAAGCGGACCAGUCCUUUCUUUGGACAUUUUUGUAACGCUGAUUUUCACCGUGGUAUCGUUACCAUGCAGAACAACGGUUCCGAGAGUGGUAGCUCUGAAAAUGGAGUAGACAGAACUGGAUGGACGGUUGGACUCAUCAAUGGCAAGUUCAAAUAUCUCACUGCUGAGACAUUCGGUUUUAAGAUCAAUGCCAAUGGGGCUAGUCUUAAGAAGAAACAACUUUGGACUCUGGAGGGUAGCGAGCACCAGGUCUUUCUGAGAUCUCAUCUAGAUCGUUACCUCGCUGUCGAUCAGUUUGGUAAUGUCACCUGCGAAGCUGAGGAUCCAUCCGAUCCUGGCUGUGCUUUUCAAAUCCAGCUUGCUUCCGAUGGAAGCGGAAGGUGGGCUCUUAAGAACGUGCAGAGAGGAUACUUCCUGGGUUCUAGUCAGGAUGAGCUCAAGUGUACUGCUAAAGCUCCUGGAGAGGCUGAAUAUUGGCUUGUACAUCUUGCAGCCAGGCCUCAGGUGAAUUUACGUUCAGCUGGACGGAAAAGAUUUGCUCAUCUUAGCGCUGCUCAGGAUGAGAUUCAUGUAGAUGCUCCUGUACCUUGGGGAGAGGAUACACUCUUCACUCUGGAAUUUCGUCCAGCAGCAACUGCUGACAACGAUAACUCUGCUGGAAAUCGUGCUAAAUCUGAAGGAGGACAUUACGCCCUUCACACUUGCAACAACAAGUACCUUGCUCGCGAUGGCAAACUUUUGGAGUCAUGUACUCGCGAUUGCCUUUACGCUGCUGAAUUCCACGCGGGUCUUCUCGCUCUCAGGGAUGUUCAUGGAGCUUAUUUAGCCCCUAUAGGUAGUAAGGCAGUCCUAAAGUCCAGGUCGACCACAGUCACACGGGAUGAACUCUUCUCCCUGGAAGAGUCCUUACCUCAAGCCUCCUUUGUUGCUGCUCUUAAUCAGCGUUACGUGUCUGUCAAGCAGGGGGUUGACGUAACUGCUAAUCAGGAUGAAAUAUCCGGACACGAGACAUUCCAAUUGGAAUUCGAUCGCGUCACUAAAAGAUGGUACAUCCGCACCAUGCAGGACCGUUACUGGAGUCUUGAAGCUGGUGGUGGAAUUCAGGCAUCCGAGCACAAACGUUCCUCUAAUGCUCUCUUUGAUCUGGUUUGGCAACCGGAAGACGGCACCGUAGCUCUUCGAGCUAACAAUGGCAAAUUUCUGGCUACUAAACGGUCAGGACAUCUUUAUGCCAAUGCAGACUCACCUUCUUCCGGUGACUCCGACGUAUCAAAGUACUACUUCUACCUAAUGAACAGACCUGUUUUGGUACUAAGAUGUGAACAAGGCUUCGUCGGGCCCAAAAGUGCAGUUAGUCCUAAGCUCGAGUGCAACAAAGCUGGUUACGAAACGAUUCGCGUGGAACGUUGCGAACGUGGGGUCGUCAGGUUCAAAGGACAAAAUGGAAAGUACUGGCACGCGGAUAGCGAGGGUGUCACUGUCGACGCUGAUGCAGCCUCCGAUGGAUUUUACUUGGAGCUACGCGAACCUUCCCGUAUUUGCAUAAAAUGCACCGACGGUCGUUACUUAACUGCUGGGAAAAAUGGAGCCUUACGUCUUGGUGAGACCGACUACGAGACGGCCACGAAGUGGGAAUUUUAACGGGAAUACGUAUCAUAUCAAGAGCGAUUAUCCUCACAAGGUCCCUUUGCUAAAUUAAAUGCAUCAUCAAACAAACGAAUACUAAGAGCGACAGCCCAGAGAGUGAUAUGAGAAAAAAAAAUUUUUUAAUAAUCAAGCGGAACUCGGUUAGUAAUUAAUCGACUGAUACGUCCUAUACAGCAGUUUUAUCCUACAAAUGUAAUUUGGAUGAAAACUUGCUCGUCGUAUCCUGGGUCCUUUCUUUAAAUGCUUAGAAUUCAUCCUAACCCGACGGAGUCUUCACUUUUUAAGAACACCGACCCGAUUCAUUCCAUCUUGAGAGGAUUUUAUACGUAUCUACUUUUAUAAUCCCCCAUUAUCACUCUAACUCCUCCUCCCCUACAUAUUUACAAUGACUGUAGCUACGAUUGACGCUUCGCGGUUUAUGUGGCAAAGCCAGUAAGUAUGAGGUAAGCUAGCAAAAUAAGCUUGCUAGCUACCGAUAAUCGGUAGGGCGCAUUCUGUAAAGGCACUGGAUAUUAUUUUAAAAAUUUUCAGACGCACAUGACUAUUUUUAAUCUGUUUGGCCAGGUUUUCAAUAAUGGAUGAUUAAUGAUUGUUCGUUGAUCAUCUCGAUUUGUUGUCAGGAUGAUAGGUGACCGACAGCCGUAUCGCUUCAGCAUUGAUUUUAUACGAGAAUCUCUUUUUGUGUAAAUAUAAUAAUACCUACUUCGUCUAUUCCUAACUAUUAUCGCUAAGGAUAUAUUUCGUAUCGAGUUUUUUACAUUGCUGAUUGCUGCCCACGUACAUAUAUAAUAUCGAAACAUAGGAGACUAGUAUGUAGAAUAUUUUAUUACUUUAGUAUCAUUAGUUACGAGGUAUAGGAUGGUCAUGUUACGAGCUAUUUUGAGAGCUUGUAUUUCUACGCUCCACGCACACCUGAGGAUCGACUCAGAAGCUACGAUGUUUCCCUAUGAUUUACAAAACUUAUCAACAAUCGACGAGAAACGUAAUAAACAAUUUUUUAUCGAUCGAA